UCGACGGACCAACGGUACUCGAUCCGCGGCAACCGGCGACUGCGCAGGUCCAUGCCCUCUCCGCACAAACUAGUGAUAAACCUAGUGCAGUGAAACCAAAUCGAUCUGUGAAAUGUUCUGUGUGUGAUACUGUGUGCUUAUAGUGUCUCGUCUAGGAUCCUCCAGAACUCUCGACGCUUCAAAGAUAUACUUCCACAUCGGGUCACAAUGUGGAUACUCCUCCUCCUUUUCAUGCCGGUGGUGUGGAGCCAGCAGCCCUGGGUGCCGUGUUCAGAGCUCAACGACGACCUGCGCUACCCCUGCCGGUGUAAGGUCCAGGUGGACAGAGCACUUCAACUGAGGAUAUUAAUGAACUGCGACCAUGUGGUCUUUUCUGGAGACUUUCCUCCGUUGCCGUAUGGCGCGCCUAUAGUGGCGUUCAGUCAGCGGUGGGCUGGACAGCAGUCCUUGCCAACGCAGAUAUUUUCCUCCUACGGAUUGCCGAUGAAAGAGCUAGACUUCUCUCACAACAGUCUCCGUAGACUACCAGACCGGCUGGUAUCUGGCAUCAAGGGUAAUCUAACCAAGUUGGUGCUCGCCGACAACCUCCUGGGAGAUAACCUCAACCCAAUAUUUUCCACCGCGGAACUACAUAAUUUGCCAGCUUUGGAAGAACUCGAUUUGAGCGGGAAUAAUAUAAGAGGCUUGGAAGAAGGCUUGCUAAUUGGAUGCAAUGUGAUGAAGAUAUUACGCCUCGACCGUAACAAUAUGAUCUCCGUUCCAUCUUCCUCUCUCAACGGGCCGCUUUCAUUAAAACUUCUUUCGCUCAGGGAAAAUAGAAUAGCUCUGAUCCGCCAAGCAUCGUUCGUUUCACAGAAGACACUCGAAGAAAUAGAUUUACACGGGAAUAUGAUUUCGAGCAUCGAAGGCGGCGCCUUUAUUAGUUUAAACGACCUUCAAACUUUAGAUUUAGGCCGUAACAAGCUCUCCAAGUUCAAUAGCGACGUGUUUCAGGGCAUACAAAACUUGGAGAAGUUGGACCUUUCUGAGAACUUUAUAACUGACUUCCCAACUGUCGCCCUCAAAUCCUUUACGGCUCUCAAACACUUAAACCUGUCUAGUAAUAUGAUCACGAAUUUGGACAGCAGUCACUUAAACUCACUUUCAUCGCUGCAAGUGCUUGACUUGAGCCGGAACAAUCUCGUGAAGCUGUCUCCGGGUACUUUCGUCGGUUUAAGCGAUCUGCGCUAUUUGGAUAUCGGAGUUAACUCGCUGAGAACCGUGGAGGACGACGCUUUCGACGGAUUAGUUAAUCUGCAAACUUUGUUGUUGAGAGAUAACAAUAUCCUACUCAUCCCGGCCACGGCUUUGUCUCGGUUGCCAAGUCUUACGUCAGUUCAUCUCGGCUUCAACAGGGUCACUGCGCUAUCGAGCGAUAUUCUUCGAGCCGUCUCAGAUAGAAUCAAUUCAUUAGUCCUAUCUAGAAACGUUAUUCGCGAACUACCCCCCGCAGCGUUCGAUCACUUCAAAAACCUUCAGCACUUAGACCUCUCCGGAAAUCUCCUGAACUCAAUAUCGGCAGAUGUGUUCAGCGGAUUGGAAGUAACGCUCGAAUUUUUGUCACUAAGCCAGAAUAGGAUUUUAGGCUUCACGGGACAACAGCUGAAGUUCGUUAGCUUGUGGUACCUGGAUAUAUCCGGAAAUCAGAUCUCCGAAGUGCCGGUGAAUGCAUUCGAGUCGAUCCCGAGUUUGUCGCACUUAAACAUGAGCCAUAAUUUACACAUGAGUGUGCUCCCGCAAAACGUUUUCAACCGCAACGAUGCUUUAUUGGUAGUUGAUAUAAGUAAUGUUGGAUUAAAAGCACUGCCAGUAAAUUUGUUCUCGAAAAACCAAAACUUGGAAAGAAUUUAUCUCUCAAAUAAUAAUUUACAAGAAAUAUCUGAAGGGACGUUUAAAAACUUAAAAAAUCUCACUCAUUUAGAUUUGUCUUAUAACAAUAUUGUUACGAUCAGAACUCCCGCUUUUGUUAAUGUAAUGUCUAUACAAUUUUUAUCUUUAAAGGGCAAUCAAUUAAAUGCAUUCAAGGGUGAAUUUUUCAACACGGGCACAAGCUUGGAAGUCAUAGAUAUAUCGGAUAAUCAAUUAAGUUAUUUAUUCCCAUCUUCGUUCAAAAUACACCCACGCUUGCGAGAAAUUAUAUUGACAAAUAAUAAAUUUAAUUUCUUCCCUUCGGAACUUAUAAGUACUCUGCAAUAUUUAGAAUUAGUCGAUUUAUCGGGAAACGCUUUGAAAAAUGUUGAUGAGUUAGACUUCGCCCGACUUCCGAAGUUAAGAACUAUUUUAUUAGCGCGUAACGAACUCGAGACUGUGAGUGAAAUGGCUUUCCAUAAUUCAAGCCAAAUACAGACUCUAGAUCUAUCUUAUAAUAAGAUAGAUCGAUUGGGCGAUAGACUUUUUGAAGGAUUGAUUAGGCUGGAAACAUUAAACUUGGCCGGUAAUCUUUUAUACGAACUGCCAGACAAUAUUUUUGAUAGAUCGAGACUCCAUAUGUUAGAGUGUAUUGUCCUCAGUCAUAACUUGUUUGAACAAGCUCCUUUGAAGGCAUUACAGAAACAAUACUUUUUUGUUUCUUCUGUGGACUUGUCGUAUAAUAAUAUUGUUGAUAUACCAGCUGAAGAUAGUGUUAUGGUAAAUAUAAAGAAGUUGGAUUUAUCAUUCAACCCCUUGUCAGAAAAAUCUGUUAUGAGUGUUUUGACCGAACCAAAGACGGUAAGAGACCUUAAUUUAGCAGGAACCGGUAUGCAGACCGUAGGUCAGCUUGAGACACCAUUUUUGUAUAGACUCAACUUGUCCUACAAUAAUAUUACAAAAUUAUCUGAGAAAACAUUCACACGAACUACACUAUUAGAAUCGCUAGAUAUUUCCCACAAUCAAAUUGUAGAUGUAUCGAAUUCUCUAGCGAUUUCUUGGCCAAAACUUAAGAAUCUACAACUGCUCAAUAUUUCAGAUAAUCCUAUUGUAAUGAUACUUGAAGGAAAUUUCGAAGGCUUAUCUUCUCUACGCGUAUUAGAUGUAAGGCGUUUAGAAAAGUGUACUAAAAUUGAAAAGAAUGCUUUUAGAACUUUAUCGAAUUUAGUUGAACUUCGAGCUUACGAUUAUCCUAGAUUAGGGUACUUUGAUGUUCCAGGCGCAUUACAAUUUUUCGAAGCACUAGAAAAGUUAGAUGUUGAAUUUAAAGAUACAAAUAUUGGACCUGAUCAACUUCAUUCUACUCUACACCCACGUUUAGAAGAACUUGGCAUUAGAGGAUCCCGUCUUAAAACAGUAUCAUCUGGAGUGUUAGCUGGUUUGAAAGCUCCUGCAAUUACAGUUAGGUUCCGGAAUACUUCAAUGACAAAUCUGCCUCCAGCGCUGCUGUUUCCAUUGCCAAGAUCAUCACAAAUUACCAUCGAUAUAGGCGGUAGCCAGUUAUCAACAAUACAACCCCAGUUGUUAGUUGCACUUGAUGAUAGACGAGCUGAUUUAUCUAUGUUUGGUUUAGACACAAAUCCCAUUCGCUGCGAUUGUAACGCGAGAGCACUUCGUAGAUGGUUACCAACUGUUGGGAUUGAAGAUGUGCGUUGUGAUUCACCCGAGCACUUAUCCGGAUUCCUUCUUAUAGAAAUAGGAGACGAUGAACUAUCAUGUGACACUCGAAAGCGAACCACUGCAACUUCAUCUAGCACUAGCUUAUCUACAACAUUUCCCCCGCGUCUAGUUCAUCGAACUUCGGCGGAACCAGAUAUUAUUUGGUCAGUUGCUCCAUCGCACGAACGAUCUAAAAAUGCAGGAGAGCCGAAAGGAGCACCUGUUCUUGGCGUGGCGACAUCAAACAAUGAUGAUAAUUUGAUUAUUGGUAUCGUUGGGGGAGUUGUUGCAUUUAUUGCUAUUUUGAUAGUAGCAAUAUGUAUAGUUCGCUUACGUAUGUCAAGUACAUCAUACAGAGGUGGUCCAUUAGCUAACAGUCCGGGUGCUGGCGCUGCCCCGUUAUGGGGAGCUGCUUGGCCCGGUUAUGCCGGUACUUUGCCUCCUCCCUCGUUAUCAACAGCUACGUUGCCUCAUAAAAUGCAGUCAGGUCCUGGAUCAGUUCGGUAUCUAGCGCCACCACCACCAGCGCCUUACUUUAUAAGCAUGCCACCACAUGAAGAUAAGAUCUAUCGGUAGAAUUUAAUAUGUUUAAGUGUGAAAAUGAGAGACUUUAUAGACGUAACAUGUAAAUAUAGAAGGUCAUAAUAACAUAAACGAAUACCUGUAUUUGUGCUUAUAUUCUAAUGCUUAUUUGUUUGCCUCUUUUGUGUUAAGAUUGUUUAAAUGAACAUUUGAAUACUAAGGCUAGGUUGAAUUUAUCUAGUCAACAAUGACAGGUAUUCAAGGUAUCACAGGUGCGUUCAUGUAAUUUAUUGUUACAAUGAGGGAUUCAUACUCGAGUCGUCCUUUGUAUAAAUGGAUGACGCGUGGCACAAUUGUUGUAUAAUAUAUUUAUUUAAUUUAAGUUUAGGUCAUGUACUUAAGUAAGAUAGUGUCUUAGAUUAAUUAUGGAACAAUAAACUAAUUUCUAAGUA